AUGAGCUCAGACUCAAAUGCCGGAUCUAUAGCCACGUUGAUCGGACGUAAAAGAGCCUGGAUGGCUUGCAGUGAAGCAGACCGAGGACAAGCGAAAUAUUUGCGACCCUGUGAGAAGGACGUGGUUUAUCAUGUCCAGGAGGACAAGGGACUUCACCUCCUGCAAGACUCCAUGAGCGGUUGUAGUACAAUUGGAGGUGUUGGGAAGCGGGUGUCCAGCGAGCGUGAACGAACUCGUACUGCCAACGUGAACGAUGCCUUCCUGCUGUUGCGCAGCCUCAUUCCUACUGAGCCGGUCAAUCGGAAGCUAUCAAAGAUUGAGACCCUCCGACUGGCCGCAUCAUACAUCUCGCAUCUGCAUGCCAUCCUGGUGACGGGAAGCUCAGGUCUUGAGCAGCCUUGUCUUCGACACACUAUGUCACCAUCAUGUUCUACAGGUCAAUGUUUACAGGCUCAGAUGACGCUGGAAACGGUCCCUGCAACGGCAGUUUCGGCAGGCCUUGGGGGUCGACAGACAGUGGCUACUCAUCGGCCGGUGUGCACAUUCUGUAUGACUGAGGUGAAGCAACAUCAGAGGGCUCUGAAUGACCAGACUGUGGAGAUCAAGUGA